CUGGCGCGCCCUGCGGCCUCCGGCGGCGCCGGGCCUUAGUCUGUCGGCCCACAAUGGCGAGCGCGGCCUCGCCCGCUGGUGUACUGGGGUUGCUACUUAUGUCUGCGCUGCCCGGGGUCCUCGGAGACCACCCCAGCCUCGACCUCCGGGCACACCCAGGGGACCCCACCCAAGUCGGCCCUAAGGCCACGGAACCCCGGCGGCGGGCGCCGCCCAAGGACCAGCACGAGCCGGCUCAGGCGUUGCCUUUGGGGGCGCUGUACACGGCGGCUGUGGUGGCUUUUGUGCUAUAUAAGUGCUUGCAGCAGGGGAAAGAUGAGGCUGCCAUUCUCCAAGAGGAGGCAGGCAAGAAGGAAUCAUUGCAGUCAGAGCACCAGCUUGCCCAGUUGACACAACAGCUGGCCCAGACAGAACAACACCUGAACAAUCUGAUGGCCCAGCUGGACCCCCUUUUUGAGCGUGUGACUACCCUGGCUGGAGCACAGCAGGAGCUUCUGAACAUGAAGUUACACACCAUCCACCAGCUGCUACAAAAGAAUAUGCCAAACAAGGGCUUGGAGGUUCCAGAACCAGAGGCCAGCAUACCGUUUCCUGAGGACUUGUGUAUAAAGGAGGAAGAUGAGGAGGCUGGUGGCUGUCAGGCUGGGGAAGAGCCCCUAAACUGGAGCACAGAGACAAGGAACCCAGCUCCUCCUUGGGGAGUGGAGCAGGGGCUAAGGAGAAGAUGCAGCAAAGGACCCCAGUCACAGCCCCCUCUGGGAAGGAGGGACAACAGCUGAAGGUUUAGUAAAACAAAUUCUGUUCUUGUGA